CUUUGGGGAAUUGCUAUAUAAACCCUACUCCAUUCUCUUGCUCCUCACCAAAUAGCCAUCUUGGCCAAGUGACUUGGUUUUCUAGCACAUUAUGGCUUCUAGGGUUCUUCUUCUUCUUCUUCUUGGUGCCCUUGUUUGCACCAUUGAUGCAAGGAAGCUUGGGAGUGAGAAGGGUUCAUUUAGGGAUGAGAAGAACUUCUUUCACCAUCCAGGGUUUGGAGGUGUAGGAGGAGGUGGUGGAGGUGGCUUUGGUGGUGGUGGAGGAGGAGGCUUAGGUGGUGGUGCUGGAGGAGGGUUUGGUGCGGGUGCUGGUGCUGGAGCCGGUGGCGGAGCCGGAGGAGGGUUUGGUGGCGGCGGCGGCGGCGGAUUUGGCGGCGGAGGUGGAGUUGGUGGAGGAUCAGGGUUUGGAGGAGGAGCAGGGUUUGGUAGUGGUGGUGGUGCCGGUGGUGGACUUGGAGGAGGUGGUGGAGGAGGGUUUGGAGGUGGCGGUGGCGGUGGACUCGGCGGUGGCGCCGGAGGAGGAUUUGGAGGGGGAGCUGGUGGUGGAGUUGGAGCUGGUGGUGGAUUUCCAUGAAAAUUGAAAACAUUGCACUCUCCAUAUAUAUAAAAGAAGACAUGCAUGCUACAUAUUCUUAUGUUUCGUACGUACUAAUAAUAUGUAACUUUCAUUUGUUCAUGCACGUUGUUCACUUGUUUACUAGUACUUAAAACACUCAAGUGUCAAUUGUCAAUUGUCAAGUGGAAAUAAUUCUUGAAUCGAAUAUAUAUAUUAUAAGCUCUUGUUAAGUGUUA